AUGCUCACCACACACCUCCUCCUCGUCCUCUCCGUCCUUCUCCUCCCCGCCUCCCUCGGCAGGCCCACCCCGCCCCGCCCCGCCUCCCGACCGGACCGACGCGACGGCCGUGAGAGAGACAUUUUCGACAACAGCUGGUUCGCCUGCCCGGACUCGAGCAACACCCAGACCUUCUACAAGAUUGAGCGCUGGGGGCUGAAGAGAGAGUGCUUCUGUCCCGGCCAGUAUCAAUUCUACAACUCUUUCACGCGUCAAUGCCACUGCGCCGAACCAUUCACCCCCUCCUACUCGCUCUCCAACGAGCUCCAAUGCUCCGCCCACCAGCCACCCCUGCUGGACGACUCCCAGGCGCCCGAGGCCGCGCUCGUCUUUGAGAGCAGCCCGGUGGAAGACCAAAACCUCGCCAUCCCCCAACACGACGCCCCCACACCGUCUCCUGUCCUCAAACGGCCCGUUGCUGGAGCAGUCGUGGGCAAAGGCAGACUCUUUGGCGGUACCCGCGGUGGCGGACGAGGGUCUAUGCGCGAGACGUCGGGGUGGAGGGUGGAAGGUGGAGCCGAGGAGAUGGACGAGGAUGUGCGAGAGAUGGCUGGCAAAACGGUGUGCGACUUUGGGGAGAAGCUUUGCAAGGUCGGAGGCGGUUACAGCUGUCUCGAUGUGAUGAACGGUCUUUCAUCUUGUGGUGGAUGCCCCGGGGAGCAAGGCACCGUCGACUGCACAUCCCUCUCAGGCGUCUCGGAAGUUCAAUGUCACGCAGGUACAUGUCAAGUCGACUCUUGCAGAUCGGGGUAUCAGCUCGAAUACGACCCCUACCCCGACGCUCCCUCCACUUCUAGCUGCGUAUCGACUUCCAACAGGAGCAAGAUGCCGUGGUUUAGCGACGUAAAGCAGGCCCUCUGA